ACAUAUUGACUUUUUGGUUCUGCUCUUCUGUUUACGGUUGUGGACAACAAUCCUAGAACAAUGAUGGUGCUUUGCUACUGAAAAUGUGAGGAUGAGAGCGCUACAGACGGGAUAAGAACUUUUGAGACCGUCAGAUUUCCAAGAGGUUGAAAAGGGGCUUAUAUUUGUUCGCUAGCUACCAAAUUUGCCAACAUUGGUUUCAAUUGACGCUUUUGCUAGCUAGUACGUGGCUAUUUAGCUAGCCAACGAACGUCGUAGCUAGCUACCAGCUAGUAACUGACCAGUGAUAUCUGAGUAUAGUUAGCUAGCUCGCUACUCGAAACUGUGAGCCAGUUCCAGCUUUCCAUCUAGCCCGCUAGCUAUAUCGGUUCCUUCAAACUGUUAUAGCAAAUUUGUAUGUUUUUUUUGUGACAGCCAAUGUUCGGUAGCGACGUUAGUAUACCACCGUCUGGCCCUGCGAGCUAACCUAGCUAGUAAAGUGUAGCUAUCAGAUUGUCCAGACAAGACAACGUUAGCUGGCAUAUGUUAUUUAAUAGCUCUUGAAUAGUGCCAUGAUUGCACUUCAAUCUUUAGCUAACAAGACAUAACGUGACAUUAAGCUCGAGGCACCUGCAUGACCGGUAUCUCCGGACUCCAAAGAGGAGCUGAACUGUCUUAAUUUCCCACCGUGUGGCAUUGAAAUUAAAAGAACCAGCCCCAUGACUACACAUUGGGUGUGAACGAGGGGUCAACAUCAGGACAAAUGUCUCUCCUGCUGAUCGUCAUACUAGCACUUCUCCUGUUCCUGCUCCUAUCUGUUCUACUCUUCAGAUGGUUAAUAUGCAGCCUGGCGGUACGGUUCUUCCACAACACACUGAACGCUGAGCUGAAGAUCAAAUCAGUAGGGCUCUUUUCAGUGCAUGGAAUAAGUAUCCAGUUUCAGCCCCAGCACACUCUGGAAAUAGACAGGAUAUGGAUUUCAAGCAAACUUUUAAACCAGAACCUGCCGAGGUGCCUGGCGUUGUGUGUGGGCGAGACCAGAGUGAGAGUGGACUUGCAGCAGCCUCUAAGACCUCGGGCGCCUAAGAGCCGUGAUGGAGGAGAUUCAGGGAAGGUUCCCCUUAGCCCUGCAGCCCUGCGGUUCCUUUCCCAGCUGCUGUCUUUCCAUAUUGACUCCAUCAAUGUGAUGGUGCUAAACCUAGCCCUGUCAGAGUCUUUAUGGUACAUGACCACCUCAAGUAUCGACUUACUGCUCGACCACCAGGGCAAAAGGUUGGCCUGGGAAUUUUCUGUUGGACAGCUGAGCAGUAAAGUGCUUAAAAGCAGUCGAUUGCAGGAUACAUGUCUGGCAGAGGUGUCCCUGAGCCUGGUGCUGUCUGGCGAUGUCAGCCUGCCAGAGCUGCGUCCAGGCCGACUGGCCCUGUGUGUGAGAACACUGCUGGCUGAGCUGCACGAGGGCCUGUUCCUCAGCCAGCUACUGCUUCCACCUCCUCUGGAGAGCACUCUCUCUGCAGACGAAUGGGAAAAGGACGAGUAUAUCCAGACUGACGCAGUGGAGCAGUUUCAUCAGGUGGUGCCCCAGAAGGUCAACAUGGAGUUUGAGAAUACUAGUAUAACCCUGUCCAUGCACAGCCAGAAAAGACACUUGAACUGGACCCUAAAGUCUCUGAAGGUGGGAUACGGACGUGAGGACGAGCAGCUGCCCCUCAGGAGCUUCACCCCUGAGAUGAGCUUCCCUCAGAGCAGCCUGGAGCUACUUCUGGAGGAUGGGCUUCUCCUCUCCCAGAGCAGACAGAGAAUCCUUUGCCUUAACACCCUCAGGACUGUCCUGCAGGUGACAUCAGUGGACAUUUCAGGGUCAGUCACAGUCAACACCUGCAUCAUCCACUACCGUCACCAGGAGUUCUCCCAUUGGCUAGACCUGCCCCACCCCCUGGCAAACAUGUGUGGGGGAACCCUCAUCCUGGACUCCCUUACACUGCAGGGGAGCUUCAACAAGCCCCAGAGUGAGUCCAGUAGUCAUUCUGAAAGUGUGAGUGUGGAGUCCAAUCUGAAGGGCCUACAGCUGGAGGUGUCCGAGCUUGAAGGCUCCUCACAGAGACCAUGCGAGCCACUCUGUCCCUCAGCCCAAACCCCCAACCCUGUCCUCAGCCUCUCCACCCUGGCCAUCUGCUACCACGUCGCCACCGGGAACUUGGAGGUCCAGUGUGAAGAGGAGCUGGCAGUGCAGUGGACGCCAUCAGACCACAUGUUUUUAUAUCACCACGUGAAAGAGAGCCAGGGUUGCUGGGAUACUCUGUGUGACUCUCUAGGACUGACAGAGAAAAGAAAUGACGAGAGUUUACCAGAUCCUCCAGAGAGUGGAUCUACUAAGACUUCUCCAGCCCACAGUACGGUCAAGGACCUGUCUGUGCGUGUAGAACUGGGCAGAACCCGCUUCACAGCCCAGGUGACAGAGCACAACUACCUCCUGCUGCACACAGACGCCCUGUCCCUCUCCACUCACUCCGGCUCCAUGAACGUCCGCUCUCCACACAUGUUUCUCAACUUCGACGGCAACGACAUAUUCUCCUUCAAGGGCCUGGAGGUCCAGACGCACCCUGAUCAGUCCCUGGACCAACGCCACCUCUUUCCCUUCCUCUCCACCCGACACAACCGUGCCUGGGUGAUCACCUGCCCCUGCCUGGCCGUGGAGUUCCCCUACCAGUACAACUUCUCCAACACCUUUGACAAGUUCAUCAGCGUUCAGAAGUGGCUCAAGUCCCUGCACAGCAGCCCUGGUCAGACCCCAGGCCCCCAGUGCCUGCCCCCAGACCUGGUCUUCAAGAUCAGCCAGUUCUCCUUCGUCUUCCUGGAUGACGUUUUCGAGAUCAAGCUGAGGGACAACUACGAGCUGAUGAAGGAUGAGAGCAAGGAGAGCUCCAAGAGGCUCCAGCUGCUGGACAAGAAGGUGGCUGACCUACGGAAGCAGCACGGAGAACUGCUGCCUGCCAGGAAGAUAGAAGAGCUGUAUACGUCUCUAGAGCGCAAACACAUAGAGAUCUACAUCCAGCGCUCCCGUCGCCUCUACUCCAACACGCCCAUGAGGAAGUCUAUGCUGACCUGGACGGUGUCCGACUUGGAGCUGGUGGCCCUGGCCGACCAGUCCCUCCAUGGGCCGGAGCGCGUCCGCGAGCAGCUGAGGGACAUCGACGGAGUCAGCCCCUUCCCCAGAGACGGGCUGCCCCUGGUUGUCCAGUGGUGCCGGGCAGUCACGUUCAACCUCACUGCCUUCCUAGUGAGAAUCCGGGACUAUCCUCGUUACUUGUUUGAGAUCCGGGACUGGGAGCUGUCAGGCCGCUUGAUCGGGACAGAGCAGGACGGGCAGGGCCGGGCUCGCCGAAGGCAGACUGUGCCACUUGGCCAGCCAUGGGGCGACAUAACCGUCCACAGGAACAUGCCACCACUCAAGUUCUACUGCGAUUUCAAAUCCAAUAUAURCUUGUAUACUAUAGUGUGGGGGCCUUGCUGGGACCCAGCCUGGACCCUGAUUGGCCAGGUGGUUGAUCUGCUGACCAAACCCACGGUUGACCCCUCCCCUACUUUGGCCUGGUGGGACAAGAGUCGUCUGCUGGUACAUGGACGCUGGAUCAUGGACAUGGAACAGGCCAACCUCCAUCAGCUGGCCACAGAGGACCCCUAUAACACUACAGAGAACAUGCACUGGGAAUGGAACAAAGUCAACUACGAGUGGUGUCCUGGGCAGUUUGUCUUCAAAGGUGACAUGGAUGUCAACGUCAGGACAGCCUCCAAGUAUGACGACAUCUGUUUCCUGCACCUGCCAAAUCUGUGCAUGACCCUUGACCUCCAGUGGCUUUGUCAUGGCAACCCCCAUGACCAUCACGCUGUAAUGCUCUGCUGUGCAGAGAAUGUAGCUGAUGUGACGUCAGGACAACCUCACGACUCCUUCAGAGCCUUCCGCUCAGAGAACCUCAACCUCUCCAUCACCAUGGACCUCAACCAACACUGUGGCACAGAGCCGUGCCAGCCCAGAAUCCUCCUGUACAGCAGUACCCUGCGCUGGAUGCAGAACUUCUGGGCCACCUGGACCAGCGUUUCCAGACCCAUCUGCAGAGGCAAACUCUUCCACAGCCUCAGACCCAUCCGAAAGAAGCUGGGCCAGCACUACAAACAGAUGUCCUAUACAGCAGCCUUUCCUCAACUACAAGUGCAUUACUGGGCCUCCUUCGCUCAGCAGAGGGGCAUCCAGGUGGAGUGCAGCAAAGGCCACGUCUUCACCAGAGGGGCUCAGAGACUCAUCCCACAGGCGGGCACGGUGAUGAGGAGGCUGAUCUCUGAGUGGAACGUGACCCAGAUGGUGUCAGAGCUGUCCCUGAUGACGGUGCACCUCAUGGCCUCCACCUGGGAUGAGACGGCUGACCACCAGAUCAACGCCCAGGUGAAGAAGACCCACCUGCUCGGCCUGUCCUCCCUCAGUUACCAGCGCCAGAGCAACCGUAUGGAGGAGGAGGGGAACUCAAAAGAUGAGGCGAAUGCCCCCUACACCCACAAGCUGUGCCUGGUUGACCUGCGAGCCUCCUGGACCACCACUAACAGGAACAUAGCGUUCGGUCUGUACGACGGCUACAAGAAGGCAGCCGUUCUCAAGCGGAACCUCUCCACAGAGGCUCUGAAGGGCCUGAGGAUAGACACAACAUUGCAAGCUGCCAAGAAGCUCAAGCGCUCUUUGUCCAACUACUCCGGCGGCCCCAGCACGGCCCCCUCCACCCCAACCAUGCCCAGCACCAGCCGCCCUGAGAAGAGCCAGCACGAAGGGACGUCCAUGCUGCAGAAGCUGAUUGAGGAGACUGAUAAGUUUGUGGUGUUCUCAGAGGAGGACUCUGGCGUGAGUGAUCAACUGUGUGGCAUCGCUGCCUGCCAGACAGACGACGUCUACAACCGCAACUGGUUCAUCGAGCUGGUCAACUGUCAGAUGAUGCUGCGUGGCACAGAGACAGCUGGCUGCGUGCUGGUGUCUGCUGCCAAGGCUCAGCUGCUGCAGUGUGAGCACCACCCYGCCUGGUACAGCGACACCCUCAAGCAGAAGACCACCUGGACCUGUCUGCUUGACGGCAUGCAGUACUUUGCCACAAUGGAGCCAAACCCCUCAGAGCAGGAGGACUGGCAGUUGUGGCUUGAGGUGAAAAACAUUGAGGAGCACAGGCAGCGUCACCUGGACUCAGUGCUGGAGCUGAUGGAGAGUGGCCAGGCUGUUGGAGGCAUGGUCAGCACCACAACAGACUGGAACCAGCCGGCCCAGGUGAAUGACACCCAGCAGGUCCAGCGUAUCAUCUCUCGUUGCAGCUGUCGCAUGUACUACAUCGGCUACAGCCACGACAUCGACCCUGAGCUGGCCACGCAGAUCAAACCCCCAGAGAUACGGCGCAACGAGAAGGAAGACCUGCUGAAAAAACAAGCUGGGGCUGUGGACACCUUCACCCUCAUUCACCAUGACCUGGAGAUCUCCACCAACCCUGUGCAGUAUGCUAUGAUCCUGGACAUCGUCAACAACCUACUGCUGCACGUUGAGCCCAAACGCAAGGAGCACAGUGAGAAGAAGCAGCGAGUGCGUUUCCAGCUGGAGAUCUCCAGUAACCCAGAGGAGCAGCGCAGCAGCAUUCUACACCUGCAGGAGGCCGUCAGGCAGCACGUGGCCCAGAUCAGACGCCUGGAGAAACAGAUCUACUCCAAUAUCAGGGCCCAGCCUGAGGAUCUGAGAGGAGAUGAGCUGUCAGAGAUCAACGUGAGGCUGCAGAACCAGCUCAAUCAGGAGAAGACRGACAUGCAGAUGAAGAGUGAGGAGCUCAACAUCCUCAUCAGAUGUUUUAAAGACUUCCAGCUGCAGAGGACCAAUAAGCUGGAGCUGCGUAAGCCGCCGGAGGACGUGAGUGUGGUUCGCAGGACAGAGAUCUGCUUUGCCCAGGCCCGCUGGUGUCUCACUGAGGAGGAUGGACAGCUGGGCAUCGCUGAGCUGGAGCUGCAGAGGUUCAUGUACAGCAAGCUGAACAAGUCAGACGACACAGCAGAGCAUCUCCUGGAACUGGGCUGGUUCACCAUGAACAACCUGCUCCCCAACGCUGCAUACAAGGUGGUGUUGCGUCCUCAGAGCCCGUGUCAGUCUGGCCGUCAGUUUGCCCUGCGCAUCUUCAGUAAGGUCCGCCCCCCUGUGGGAGGCAUCUCAGUCAAGGAGCACUUUGAGGUGAACGUGGURCCUCUCACCAUCCAGCUCAUGUACCAGUUCUUCAAAAGGAUGAUGGGAUUCUUCUUCCCAGGAAGGAAUGUGGAGGAGGAGGAAGUUGCUGAUGAGGAGGACAAGUCCCGAAUGGUCACUACUGGCAUGCCUGUCAUCAAGCCUCGGCAGCUCUCGGAGGACACCAUGGGAGUCAUGGGCCCCAGCAAAGGGGUCACCCAGGGCUUGAACCGAACCUCUGGGGUCAGGAGGUCCUUCCGAAAGGCUGUUGAGCAUCCUGUAGAUGACAUCGACAAGAUGAAGGAGAGAGCAGCCAUGAAUAACUCCUUCAUCUACAUCAAGAUCCCCCAGGUUCCCCUGUGUGUCAGCUAUAAGGGAGAGAAAAGCAGUGUUGACUGGAAGGAUCUGAACCUGGUUCUGCCUUGUCUGGAGUACCACAACAACACAUGGACCUGGCUGGACUUUGCCAUGGCUGUUAAGAGGGACAGCAGGAAAGCACUUGUAGCACAGAUGAUAAAGGAGAAGCUGCGUCUGAAGCCGGCGUCGGGCUCUGACUCUCGGAGCAAGGCGUUUGAGGGGAAGUCAGACAGUAGCAUGCAACAGCAGCAGGAGGAGGAUGAGAAGGCCCGACUCCUCAUCGGUCUCAGCAGCUCAGACAAGAGCUCCAGCAAGAAGAGCAUCUUCAGCCGACGCAAGUGACCKAUAGGCCUACAUAAACUCACACUGAAACAGUACUGUACUGGACCACUGCGCUCUAGUCUAUGGAAGUGUCCCAAAUGGCACCCUAUACCCCACAUAGUGAACUACUUUCGAACAGGGCCCUAUGGUUCCUGGUCAGAAGUAGUGUACUGUAUAGAGAAUAGGGUGCCAUUUGGGAUGCAGUCUAUGGCAGCUACAGUAGCACACACCCAGCCCAGGGAAUCAUGGAGAGGUCAAUGUCUUUACUAGCGUAUUAUCUGAUGACACUUGACCUGGUCAAAUACUGUAUGCUCUGGUGUGAAGAUGGAGGUAGCAGGUCAUUAUGGGGAACAGAGACUGAUAAUAAAACACACCCUGUUCUUUCUUACCUGGAGGGGGACAAACUACGGCCUGCGAGCCAAGUCCGGCACGCCAGCCAAUUAAAUAUGGCCCACGAUGGCUGAAAUUUCUUAUUUUUGGUUAAACUACUCCAGGCCAUAUUUGAACGUAUAAAACUAUAUAGAACGUAUCUAAGAAUUCUCUCAACUGCUGUCCAAUGAAGCAUGUAUUUUCAUGUAUGACCAGGGCCCGUAUUCAAUGUGUCUGAGUAGGGGUGCUGAUSUAGGAUCAUAUCCCCUCCUGUCCAUAUAACUGUAUUUGUUAUGAUCUAAAAAUCACAACUGAUCCUAGAUCAGCACUCUUUUUCUAAGAGGUGUUAUGGAUACGGGACCCACUUCUCUGCUAAAAACAUACCAGGGUCUUAUUGACCAAAUGUAUCUUUGUUUUCUUGUUUUAGUUUUUUGUGCCAUACAGUAAACAUUUCAUUUUCAUUCAAUGCAUCACGCAUUGUCCUGAACUUUCAGAAUGAGCAGCCUAUACUUGUUGCAUUAAUAGCAUGACUGGGGUGAUGGGUAUUUUUUUAGUUUCACUGUCUGCUCAUUUCCCCUGUAAAUCAAUUAGGACAUUUCAUAGUUUAUAUGUUGACUGACUGUCUCAAAUGGCACCCUCUUCCCUAUAUAGUUCACUACUUUAGAGGAUAGGAUGCCGAAGUAGUGCACUAUAUAUUGGAUAGGAUGCCAUUUAAGAUGCAGCUAAUGUGAUUUGUUAAGAGCAUCGUUUCCUGCUGGUUCAGGAAUACUGUAUCCUCAAGCAAAUGUAAAUCUGGUACAUUGUAAAACAUUUUAAUCUCAAAUGAAGCACCUUGACAACCAUAGAAAUGCUGUCUGUUGCAACAGUUAGAAAUGCCUGAUUCACUAGUACUGUAAUGAUAUAUUGAUAUAUUCACUAGUACUGUAUUGAUAUAUUGAUAUAUUCACUAGUACUGUAAUUAUAUGUUGAUAUAUUGAUAUAUUCACUAGUACUGUAAUGAUAUAUUCUAGCCUUGUGCUUUUAUUAUAGCGUUGGGAUUUUACUCAAGUCUGUAUGAUACUGUAACACUGACUGGGAAGUGCAUCCCUGUAAAAGAACACAAAUAUAUAAUUUGGUACCCUGCAUGAGACUUCUCCAACAACAUAUGCCACAGCAGACUUAAGUUUUAUACUGCAGUUCCUAAACAUCUGUGUGAUAUAUCACAACCGAGCAGCAAAAAUAUGUUCUUGUUUUCUAUUUUAUGGCAGUUAUUCUGUCAGCUUUGAUAGAUUUUGUUGCAGCUUGUCUUGAUAAUGUUUUGAAAUUUUAACACUACAGCACUUUUUAAGCAAAGUAUUUUCAGAUAUUUUUGUAACCAUGGUUAUUUCUUUUCAAUCACAACUGUACCUACACCUACUGAGUUUGUUAUUCAGUUACAGCUUCCUUAAAGUGCAAGAUGUCAAAUAAUUCUGUCAAAAUAUUUCAAGAAAAAUUGAUUAUAGCUCAAUGAAAUGAGCACCAUAUAUGUAACUAAAUUUGUCAAUAAAAUAGUUCUAAUGUCUCUUAAA